UUUUUUUAUUUUUGUCAUUUCCUAAGAUAUGUAUAAAUUUUUUACAAAAAAAUUUUCUUCUUUAGCUUAUCAAGCCCAGAGUAAACCUUUUAAGGGCGAGUUAGCAGUUAUAACAGGGGGAACGCGUGGAAUAGGAUAUUCUAUCGCACAAAAUUUUGCACAAAAUGGUGCAAGGUGUGUUUUAAUUGGACGUAAUAAAGAAACAAUUGAAAAAGCAAGAAAUUAUUUGGAUAAAAAUUUUGAAAUAGAUAAUAAUCAUGUAGGAUACGAAUGUGAUUUAAGAAUUCCUGCGGAGAUUGAAAAACUUGUAAUAAAUAUUUCGAAGCUUCAACAUGUUGACUAUUUGAUUAAUGCUGCAGGAGUAUCAUAUGAUUCACUUGUUGUUAAACUUAAAGAAAAAGAGGUUAACGAUAUUAUUCAAACGAAUCUUCUUGGUACAAUUUAUAUGUGUAGUCACAUAUCUAAACAAAUGAUUAAAGCGAAAAGAGGAUGCAUAAUUAAUAUAUCAAGUGUUGUUGGAUUAUAUGGAAACAGUGGGCAAUCCAUUUAUAGUGCUUCAAAAGCUGGAGUUAUUGGAUUUUCAAAAUCAUUGGCUAAAGAGAUUUCACGAAAAAAUAUUCGUGUGAAUGUUAUUGCACCUGGAUUUAUCGAGACGGAUAUGAUAUCAACAAUGUCUGAAAGUGCCAAGGAAUCCUAUAAAAAUAAAAUAUUGAUGCAAAGAUUCGGGAAACCAGAGGAAGUAGCUGAAGCUGCAUUGUAUUUUGCGAAAGCUAAAUAUGUUACUGGACAGACUCUAAUAAUUGAUGGAGGAUUAGCUUUAUCAUAAAGAGGUUUACUUAUUUUGAAUGUGGAAAAAGUAUAUAAUAAAAUCAGAAUGUGAACGGACAUCUUUUUUUAUAACGUACAGUUUAUGGAAUUUGUCUUACCAUAUUUGAACAUAAUCUAUUUAUUCAAUUAAGUGAGAUUGGAUACGUUAACCUUAAAUUAAAUCAACCAAAUUGAAAUAUCUUUGGACCAAUUACCUAAUAGCAAUGUAAAAACAUACAUCAUUGCUUUUUUUCAUGAGAUGCAUUUAUUCAGGGCCCAGAAAUAUAGAAUAGGGUACACAGAUGCCAUACCAUCAUAGUGGAGCUAGCCGAAGUAAAGUUUUGAUAUGCGAGGUUUUUUCGCACAUAGUUAGACCAGCAAUAUGUAAAAAAUUAGUUUACGUUAAUGUUAAUGUUUGGUUUAGAUUUUCAAUAUCAGGUGUCAAUUGUACGUACUACCUGACCUUAUUUCUGAUUCAUUUUCUAAU